UAUCUUGCCUCUUAACCUUUCGGCAAGUUGGUAUUGUCCAAACUUUCGGGUCAACGCAGACUGGUCCGGCAGUAUUCUCCACGAGACACCGAAAUGGAUUUGGGACGUGUGCUCGGCUCGACGGGCAAGCAGUUGUUAGAUAAGGCACAAACUACCCUCAUCUCCUUGGGCACGGCUGCCGUUCCUGUCAGCCUAGUCAGGAACCUUGUCCUAUCGAUUCUGUCUAAUAUCAAAGUCGGGAUCCUGGAGAUUUACUCUCCCGACGGGGGAAAAUGGAGGUUUGGUGAAGGGAACGGAGGACAUAAAGGAAUCAUACAUGUCCAGAGCGAUACAUUCUGGUUCCGAGUCCUUGUAUCGGCAGACCUUGGCUUCGCCGACGCCUUCAUGUUGAAAGAAUUCUCGACCCCAGACCUAAUGGCACUGAUGGAGCUGUUCAUCGAAAACGAAGAGCACCUAUCCAACCUCAGCACCACCCCGUAUCGAGCCGUCUCCGCCAUCUCGGAUGUGCUCUUCCGCACCGUCGACACCGGCACCCUCAAGAACGCCAGUCUGAACAUGGCCGCCGCGUACGACCUCUCCAACGGGAUGUUCGAAGCCUUCCUCUCCCCGGACAUGAGCUACUCCUGCCCGAUCUGGCUGCCCCGAUCGCAUCCGCGGCACGCGGACGACACCCUGGAGGCCGCGCAGAUGCGCAAGCUGGACCAACUGCUGGCGAACGUGCACGCGCAGCCCACAGAUCACCUCUUGGAAUUCGGGACGGGGUGGGGCAGCAUGGCGAUCCGCGCGGCGACGACGAUCGGCUGCCGCGUGACGACCUGCACGCUCUCCGAGAUGCAGUACCAGCGGGCGCAGAAGCGCGUGCGCGCCCUGGGGCUCGAGGAGAAGGUCACGGUGCUGCUGUGUGACUAUCGCCUGCUCCCGGUGCCGGAGGUGCCCUAUGAUAAGAUAGUCGCCGUGGAGAUGAUGGAGGCGAUGGGGGAUCAUGAGCUGCAGACAUUUUGGGAGACAAUAGAUAAGUUCCUCAAGCCAGAUAGCGGUAUCGUCUCGAUUCAGUCGAGUAUUAUGCCGGAGUCGCGAUAUAAGGAUAUGUUCCCCAAGGGCGAGGGGUUCAUUCGUCGUUAUAUCUUCCCCGGGGGUCACUGCCCCAGUAUCACCAGACUGUUGGAAGCAGUGCGAAAUUCCAAUGCUCGACUCGACCUAGACUCUGUGCAGCAAUAUGGCGCCCACUAUGUGAGAUGUCUCAACGAAUGGAGUAGGAAGUUCCAGCACACCUUUCGGGGCAUCAUUGCCCCCCUUCUGCGAGAAAAGUAUCACCUGUCGGAAAACGACGUGGAUGUCUUUUAUCGGAAAUACAUUUACUACUUUGCGUAUGCAGCGGCUGCAUUCGAUACGAAGGUUUUGCACCUCUCCCACGUCACCUUCAGCCGGCCUGGCAACUUGGCGAUGUUGGCAGAGGUUUAGACGGGCUUCUUCGUCUCGGGCCACAUUUACUGUUGGUGUGUUGGGUUUUAUUACAGAGAACUUGACUUUUUGUCCAUAGAGUGAUUAUGUCUCCAGAUAGUUAUGUUCAUAGUUUUGUUGAUAGAUACAUUCGAGUUUUUAUUGUAUUUGU